AUGCUGCUCUGGAUUGCUGCCGUGGUGGUUGGGGCUGGGGCGACGUUUACGAACUGCUAUGAUUAUGAUCCGAAUUGCGCCCUCUACCUCGAAAACCGUUGGUGCUCCUCUCCACUCUGGAACGCUACCAUGAAGUACAACUACUGCGGCGCAAGCUGCAGGAUGUGUACGUCGUGCGUUGAUGCUGACCCGAACUGCCCCAUCUACGCUUCUAACGGUUACUGCGAUGGCCCAGCUACGUAUGCCGAGAAAAUCUCCAAAUGUGCCAAGACUUGCGGAUACUGCUACGACCCGAACAAUGGAUGCGUGGAUGCCGAUCCCAACUGCCCAAUCUACCGCGGCAACGGCUACUGCACCGACCCGCAAUACAGUGACGCUGUGAGGAUGCAAAAGUGCCGAAAGACCUGCAAAUACUGCCAGUGCGGC